AUGUUCUUUCCAUCUUUUUGUUUUUUCUUUUUAUUAUCUUUACGAUUUUCUCCUUCAUUUUCUUCAUUUUUGUUCCAUAUUUUGUGCGUUGCUUUCUUUUUCAUGUUCCUUUAUCUUUAUUUGUCACCUACUUUUCUUCUUCACCUUCAUUUUACAUUCUCUCUUCCCUUUUUCUCUUUUUUCCCUUCCCUUUUUCUUUUUUUCCCUUCCCUUUUUCUUUUUUUCCCUUCCCUUUUUCUUUUUUUCCCUUCCCUUUUUCUUUUUUCCCCUUCCCUUUUUCUUUUUUCCUUCCCUUUUUCAACUUUAACCAGCAUGUUUUUUAUUUCCAUGUCUUCUUUCAUUCAGGUUGUACUUUUUCUUUUCUCUCUCUCUCUCUCUCUCUCUCUCUCUCUCUCUCUCUCUCUCUCUCUCUCUCUAUCUAUAUCUCUCUCUUUUCUGUAUAGCUCUUCUCCUAUAUUCUCUUUUCUAAGCUCUCUCUUCUUUACAGCUGACUCAUUGCUUCACUAA